CCGAGGAGGACCCCUGCGCUGCCGCCCGCCGCCAUGGCCCUGCUCCGAGGUGUGUUCAUCGUUGCUGCUAAGCGGACACCCUUUGGAGCUUAUGGAGGUCUCCUGAAAGAUUUCACAGCUACUGACUUGGCUGAAUCUGCUGCCAGGGCUGCCUUGUCUGCUGGCAAAGUCUCGCCUGAAACUAUUGACAGUGUCGUCGUAGGCAACGUCAUACAGACUUCUUCAGAUGCUAUAUACUUGGCAAGACAUGUUGGUUUGCGUGUGGGAAUCCCAAAAGAGACCCCAGCUGUCACUGUUAAUAGGCUUUGUGGCUCCGGUUUCCAGUCCAUUGUGAAUGGAUGUCAGGAAAUUUGUGUUAAAGACUCUGAAAUUGUCUUGUGUGGAGGAACUGAAAGCAUGAGCCAGGCUCCCUUCUAUGUCAGAAAUAUUCGUUUUGGAACUACGUUUGGAUCAGAUCUCAAGCUGGAAGACUCUUUGUGGACAGGAUUAACAGAUCAGCAUAUCCAAAUCCCAAUGGCAAUUACUGCAGAGAAUCUUGCUGCAAAACAUAAAAUAAGCAGAGAAGACAGUGACAAAUAUGCCCUGCAGUCACAGCAGAGGUGGAAAGCUGCUAAUGAUGCUGGUUGCUUUAAUAAUGAGAUGGCACCAAUUGAGGUGAAGACAAAGAAAGGAAAGCAGACCAUGCAGGUGGAUGAACAUGCUCGGCCCCAAACAACCCUGGAGCAGUUAAAUAAACUUCCUCCAGUGUUCAAGAAAGAAGGAACCGUUACUGCAGGGAACGCAUCGGGGAUUUCUGAUGGUGCUGGAGCUGUUAUCAUAGCUAGUGAAGAUGCUGUUAAAAAACAUAACUUCACACCACUGGCAAGAAUUGUGGGCUAUUUUGUGUCUGGAUGUGAUCCCACUAUCAUGGGUAUUGGUCCUGUCCCUGCUAUCAAUGGGGCACUGAAGAAAACAGGACUAAGUCUUAAGGAUAUGGAUUUGGUAGAAGUGAAUGAAGCUUUUGCUCCCCAGUACUUGGCAGUUGAAAAGAGUUUGGAUCUUGACCCAAGUAAAACCAACGUGAAUGGAGGGGCCAUUGCUUUGGGUCACCCAUUAGGGGGAUCUGGAUCAAGAAUUACUGCACACCUGGUUCAUGAAUUAAGGCGUCGGGGUGGAAAAUAUGCUGUAGGAUCGGCCUGCAUUGGAGGGGGCCAAGGAAUUGCCGUCAUCAUUGAGAACACAGCUUGAGGAGAGCAGGGAGCCUGCCCUCGUCCACGCUCACGUGACUUGGCCAGGCCACAGUACGCCAGGUGACCUUCAGAGAAGCUGUGAAGGUCACGCCGUGCCCUGCACUGAGAGUGAUUGAGUUUGGUCAAGGAAUGGUGAGGCAAAGAUGCAUUUAUCAUGAACAAGAGUCCAUGCCAGAAUAAAUUCUCUCAAAUUUGUACCAAAUAUGCUGCAUUUCUGAGCUAAAAUCCAACUAUAGAAGGCCUUAAAUGGAAUUGUACCCUUGCCAAAUAACCACCGCUUAUGUCUUAGAUAAUAUGAUUGCAGGGAAAUUGAAUAAAUUCUGCCUUAACUUCAGCUAA